AGCUAAAGAAAUAAUGGAAGAAUGGGGGGAUCAAGGAGCGAUUAGACCGGAACAUUUACGAGAAGCACACAGAAGAUAUAAAAAAGAGAGACAGCCUAAUGCUUCUUUAGGAAUGAAAUUAUAAACCUUUUAUUUUAUUUCUUUGUUAUACCUUCCUUUCUCUUCUUCUUCUUUUUCUCUCUCUCUCUCUUGUGUCUGUUUAUAACAUAUAUUCAAUGAUGUAUCCUUUAAAUCCAAUGCUUGCAGAACCUAAAUGCUGCUUAUGCAUACCAUUAAGAUUUGGCUGUAUUCUGAUAUGUAUUAUUUGGGCAGCAUUUUCAAUGUAUAUGGCGAUAAUAUCUUUUCAAAGUUCAAGCAUAUUCUAUACUUAUAUGUCGUCUGCAUCAAUCACAGUAUUUGGUGUAGUGAAUCUUAUUUUAGCACUAGUUUCAAUAAGUGGCAUUUUUAUUAUUAUUACUAAUGUAAAUCGAUAUGUUCGUACAUUCUCGCACGCAAUUUUUGUCUCUGUAUUUAUUGUACUUGUAGAUGCCUUUGUAAAUAUCAUCUUGUUUAUUAAAUAUCAGAAUAACUUUCAUCAUGAUUGUAUACAAGAUUCUUCUCAUUCAAUUGUACAAAACGUCAAUAAUACGUUAAAAAAUGAUACAAUGCCACAAUUUGAUUUUACACAAGAUUAUUAUAAUUGUCAAAAUCUAUGGCAAGAUGAAUUAAAGUUUGGUAUCAUCUUUUAUGUGUUAAUGUUUGCUUUUUAUGUGUAUUGGUCAUUUUGUAUCUAUAGUUUUUCAUUAGUGAGAAGAGCUUAUAUCACGGAUGCUGACAUUCGAGCUGGAGAUGUACCACCACCACCUGUUGCAUUACCUCCAAAUGCGGGUGGUAUCCCUGCUGGUGUACCCUUUAACCCACCCAAUGAUCAAGUUAUUGUGCUUAAUAAUGCAAAGCCUAGUAAAGUAAAGCCUAUUCCAAAGCCUACUAGAUCACAUUCUAUCCUAAAUCCUAACACUAAUAACCAUGAUAUAAUUCCUAAAAGAAGAAUUGACAAGUUUUCAUUUCGACAAAGUAUAAGAAAGUCUUUAAAGAAUAGUAGUAAAUCUGAUCACUUAUAUAUACCCUUUAAAACUCAAGAAAAAGAUUCACAAUUUACUAUUGGAUUUAGGUUAGGACCUGAUGGGAACAUUAUAGACAUAGAAGACGCCUCUCUUUCACCUAUUCCUGCUUUUAUAAAUCAACAACAAUUAAAACGAAAGCCUGUCUCUAAAGAGGAUGAAUUUGAAUUCAAAGAAACUUAUUAUUAAAGAUAUCAUCCUAUUUUAUUAUCAUUUGCAUUAUUUAAUCGUUGUUAUUUUAUCUUUAAUUUAUUAAAAUAAACCUUCUUCUUCUUUU